AUUGGAUGCCAACCGCCGUUAAACCUCAUCGAAGAAGAACGUCCAUGUUUACAUCACUUGACCGGAAAUUUAAUAAGAUAACGUUAGGUGAAAUUUUGACUGGAAAAUUUAAGUGACUGUAAUUUUGGUCAUUUUUCAAGGGUAUCGUCUGUUUUUAGAUUGAGUUGAAUGUUUUAUUUAUUUCGCCUUACAGAUCGCUUUGUAUCAUAUUUAUUCCAAAUAAUUUAGUUAUUGCUUUCUUUUUUCAUCAGCCACAUGGGUUUCGCUGUUCUGAGUUGUAAGUUGUGUUAGCUAAGCUAGCUAGCCAAAUGUCGAAGCCUGUGUUAUUGUCGGUUUACCAAAUAUUUAAAAAAUGUUUUCAAAGCUUGGAGAACAAUCAGAAAGUAUGGAAUUCAGUUUUGGCUGAGUGCAAGCCUUUAAUGGUUACACUUGGAAACCUCGAAGAGCAGUUGAGGGCGUUUCAAAAGGUCAAAAUCGCCAACACCCCGCUUCACACCUUUCCUGAUCUGCACAAGCGUCUUCACUUCAAGCUCCUACAGGCAGUGGACAUAGUUUUGGGUAAACUCACGGACAAAAUGUGUUCUCUUCAGUCUGUGCGAGAUGCUAUCAGUAAUCAGGUGUCUGGUGCGUUCCAGUUGUAUGAGCAGAAUAUAGACACCCUUGACCUAGCUACCUGCACCCAGAGAUCUGCAGUCGCUCCAUCCAUCGCUGACAUGUUGGAGUGGCUUCAGGAUGCGGAGCGUUACUAUCGUCGACAGUUUCUGAGAAGAAAGAACUUGCUGCUGACACUGAGGGCUGAUGACCUCUCCCUUCUGGAAACUGCUCCCAAGAGAUGGGAGUCCCUGGAAACACCCAGUGGAGAGGAGAGAAUAUCAGAUACACUGUUUAAAGUGUCCUUUUUCAUUGAGUCCCAGUGAAAGAGAACUACAAGAUGUUUGCAAGAGGACUACCCGGUGGAUGUGAUUAUCUACUUUCAGAUGGUCUACAAUAACAAGACUCAGUAAAGGGUUGAAGAGUAAAGGAACAGACUGGGUUCAGGUUGACCUUGACUUGGAUGUGUCAGCCCUGAUAGGUGCAGAGCACCUGACUGGACUGGAUGUGAACAAAGGAGAGGACUGAACAAGGCAGAGGACCAUGAGGUGGACAUAGCAUGUCAGAAUUGUCACAGAGCUCAGUUACAACAGCAAAGACCUGAGCUAGAAUACUAUCACUGUUGACUUCUAAGCUAAAAAUGUAUUGUGGAAAAACAGUUAAAAUGUCAUGGAGUAUAUUAUGAAAAAUAAUAAAUAGAAAACUUUGUUACA